UAUGUUAUCAACGAUGUUUAAUUAUUAAAAAUGUGAUGCCAAAAGUUACAUAAGACAUUUUAUUUAUUUAAUGGUUUACUGAAAUGUAAUGUACCAAUCAUGAGCUACUAAAUUAUGUUUAAAGAACCAUACGUUCGCCAUUAAAUAAAUCAUAAAAGGUUUGAAUGUAUUGACAUCGAGCAUCUUGUCAUUAAGCCAGGAAAACUAGAAAAAUCUUCCAUUUAAGUAUAAUUUAUGAAAUGAAUUGUUUAUUUUUAAAUUGUUUUAUAAUUUUUUAGCUACAAAUGCUCCAAUUCUGAUAUUUUUGGAACAAGAAUCUAGGUAUUACAAUACAUGAAAAUCAAUUUUUUUUUCAAAAUAUAUUUGUGUGCAUUAUGAUUUAUACUAUUUAACAUAGAUAAACAUUUUCUUAGAGUAAAAUAUUAUAUUUGAAAUUAAUAACAAUUACCUUAUUCUAGUUUAUCAAUAUAAAUGCCCCUACUGAAAUCGCACCAGUAAAAUCUGUUGAAACGAAGUGUAUCUUUGCAAUGGGUAGACUGUUGACUACUCUGUGAACUUCUUUUUUGGUCUAAAGUGUACAUGAUGAUAUGGCUAAUGACAUUAGGCGUUCAUAAGUUGUAUAAUAAAAGUGUUUUAUACAUGUUAUAUCCUAAAUUAACCGUAAAUUACUUGGUAUAAAAUAUACCAAUUAUCAAUUAUACAUCAUAAUUACGCAAACCCUUGACCAGUUAGUAUGAAUAGUGAAUAGUUACAUGUACUAACAAUUAUGUUUCACAAUAAAACUCUUGUAAAUUUGUAAAUAAUAUUAAAGAUUAUUUUGUUUUAUGUCAUACAUUUUAGAGAUUAUCUUAUGUGGUUAGUAUUGAUAGGUCCCACAAUGUAAAUACGGUAUAAGAUGUCUUCUCUACAUCAUGUUAGGCUCUUAACCUCACCCAAAUAGUAGUUGGAACAGAGCUAAAGUUAAAUACUUGUCUAAUAUUUUCUUUUAUCUCUGACUACACUGUUUAUAAUGUUCGCACAUGUGACUUAAGGGCAACAACCUUUAUUAAUUGUGUACUUUAAAUGGAGUACAACGACAAUUAACUUAUGAUAUGCUACAUAAUGAUGAUCCAUCUUCAGUACAAGGAUUAUUAGAAUAUGCUAUAAAGCAGUUACAACCCUUAAAUAUUCCAAAGUUACAUUUAUCAAGCCGGACAGAUCAAGGAGUUCAUUCAUUUAAGUCAUCUGCUCAUUUAGAUUUAGAAUUACCGUAUACCUGUCAUCCCAACAAACUAGUAUUCCAAGUGAAUAACUUCUUAAGCUCAUGUGAAGUUCCUAUUAAGCUAAUUGGUGCUCAAAUAGUUCCUAAUAAUUUCAAUGCAAGAUCAUGUGCAAAGUGGAGACAGUAUUUAUAUCGAUUAGCAGUAGUCAAAUCAGAAUUUAAGGAUCUAUACGCGGAGAGAUUCGUGUUUCCAAUCCCAAUUACAGAAGUGAAACGUUGCUAUUUUAUUCAAAAAUGUGAUUUUGAUGUAGAACUUGUGAAGAAUGUACUUCCACUGUUUAUUGGAACUAAAGAUUAUAAAACAUUUAUGGGAAAAUCUGGAAUAAAUCCUGAAUUAAGUUCAAUACGUACAUGGAAUAAUAUUGAAAUAGUUCCUGGGCGUUCAUUUUAUCCGACAGAUAUUGACAAGUAUUACAAUUAUUGGGAUAUUCGUGUUAAUGCAAAAUCAUUUCUAUACAAACAAAUUAGACGUACUGUCGGUGUGCUUAUUAAAGUUGCUCAAAAUAUAAUUACAUAUGAUGAUGUUAAAUAUAUGUUUGAUAAUCCAUCAAUUAAUAGUUGGAAUCCAAAAGUAUCAACGGCACCAAGUCAUGGCUUAUAUUUGUAUGACAUAGGAUACGAUGAAAAAGAUUUAAUUUUACCAAUAGAACACAAUAAAUUGGAAGAACCAGUUCACAGUGAAAGUCCGGUGGAAAUUACUUUAGAUUUAAAAAAAGAAAUAGUGAAACAACGUAUAGAAAAUCGAAGAGUUGCACUUGAAGCUCGUACAGCCAAGUCAAUAGAAAAAAUUAAAAAUCAUGAGUUUCUUAGAUCAGUUAAAAAAUAGAAAAAGUAGUUUAUUAAGUGUUGAAACCAAAGU